UUUUAUUUUCACUUGGAAGUUCCCACGUGCCACCUCACUCUGAGAAAUUCUCAUGUGGCGAUGACGGGUCUCAUAAACCCCGCUCCUCUACUUCACCUUCACCUUCAGAAGAAAGUGACAAUGGAAGCUGGGGAGAAAUCAGAAGAAACUGUAUCAAAACAUUCUCCGAAACGAGCCGGAACUGUCAACUGGGGAACAGCAACUGUCGCCGGAGUAUUUGCAGGCAUGUUGUACGGGGGUAGCAAGGAGGCAUCUGCUUCGGUUAGCAAGGAUGCUGAAGUAAUGUUGAAGCUUGGGAGCACACCAGACAAGCGUGAGCAAUAUCGUUUGAUGAGAGAUGCAAUGGAGAAACGGUUCAUUCGAGUCACGCGGGGCUCAAUAGUUGGUGGAGUGCGUCUUGGAUUGUUCACUGCUACCUUUUAUGGUUUACAAAAUUUGCUUGCCGAGAAAAGGGGUGUGCAAGAUGUUUUCAAUAUUGUGGGAGCUGGUUCAGCCACAGCUGCGACAUUCGGGCUAUUAUUGCCAGGAUCAUUACAAUGGCGUGCAAGAAAUAUGUUACUGGGUUCGAUCCUUGGAGCAGUCAUUGGUUUCCCAAUUGGGUGGGCACACUUGAAGCUGGUGCAGAUAGCAAAUGAAGGGAAUCCUGCUGCGCAUCCUAAUUCAGAUCAAAGAGAAGCAAAGAGUGGUGUUGGUGCUGCCAUUGAGAGGCUUGAAGAAAAUUUGAAUAAAUAGAACAACAAUUUUGAGGGUGAACUCCAUCAAUGUAUGCAAAGAGAGGAAUAUGAAGACUCGAGAUAGUAAGAUGAACUGGACUAUGGCAGGAUUUUGUAUUGCCUUUCUCAUUGUAUUUAAUACAUCUUCCAGGGUGGCCUUGGAUGCUGAGAAAUAACAGCACCUAGUAACAAAGCAAGGAUGUUUUUGAACGUUUGAUAUCAAAAGUGGUUCCGGCCCCGAGUAUUUUGCCA